AUGAUGAAUGUUAUUCUGAUAUUUGUCAACCCCUGCUUUCCUUCUGACAGUGAGAAUCUGUUCAUCGACAUGGCAGACAGACUGUUUGAGGAUGGCUGGAAGGAACUUGGCUAUGUGUACGUGAACAUAGAUGACUGCUGGGCCUCCAUGCAGAGAGAUGCGCAGGGCCGACUGCAGCCUGACCCAAAGAGGUACAGUGUGGGCGGGGGAAUCCACAAGCUGGCACGUUACAUGCAUGACAGGGGUCUCAAACUGGGCAUCUAUGGGGACAUGGGGACACACACCUGCGGUGGGUACCCCGGCACCCCGCUGGACAAGAUCCAAAUAGAUGCACAGACGUUCGCUGACUGGGAGGUGGAUAUGUUGAAAUACGAUGGCUGUUACUCUAAUGCCACAGAACAAGAGCAAGGGUACCCUCUCAUGUCAAAAGCUUUAAAUGCCACAGGCCGCCCAAUUGGCUACUCCUGCAGCUGGCCUGCCUACCAGGGUGGUCUCCCACCAAAGGUAAAUUACAGUCAGCUCGGUCAGAUUUGCAACCUGUGGCGUAACUAUGGUGACAUUCAGGACUCCUGGGACAGUGUGCUCAGAAUUGUGGACUGGUUUUUUGAAAACCAGGAAGUCCUGGCACCUGCAGCAGGACCCGGAAGAUGGAACGACCCUGAUAUGCUGGUUGUCGGUGACUUUGGCCUCAGCAUGGACCAGUCCCGUGCUCAGAUGGCCCUGUGGUCAAUCAUGGCCGCUCCUCUCUUCAUGUCCAAUGACUUGCGCACUAUCAGCAGUGGUGCCCGAAACAUCCUGCAGAACAAAAUGGCCAUCAGCAUCAACCAGGACGUCCUGGGCAUCCAGGGCCAGCGCAUCGUUAAGGAGAAGAGUGGUAUUGAGGUUUACUGGCGGCCCUUGUCAAACAAUGCCAGUGCGCUGGUAUUCUUCAGCCGCCGUAACGACAUGCCCUACCGCUACACCACUUCUCUCCGCAAGCUGAAAUACCCCACAGGCAGCUACAAGAUCUUUGAUGUCUUCAGUGAGAAGACCGCCACACUGAAAGACUCCAGUGAUUUUGUUGUCUCAGUGAACCCCACCGGUGUUGUCAUGUGGUACGUCUCUGCUCCGGGCAAACUACACUUCCACAAAUUCUUCAGAGGUGGCAAACCCCGUGGAACUGAAUAUGAUGCUGCUGAAAAUGCCCUUCCUUAUGCCUUCCUCUGAUCUAGACUUGUUUCUUGAUACCUGAUAAGAUUUUUUCUUCCCUGCCUCAAGGAAAUUAGCCUAAAGUGAGUCACAUGAAAUGAUCAUAAUGUAACCACAGCACACAAUUGACAUUUUAAGAUUUUCAAACUUUGUUAUUGUAAAAUCAAUACACACUGGACUGAAAAAAAAAACAAUCAUGUCAAAAUGUUUUAUCUGUAAAGUGGAUAUUAGGUUUAAAUGCAUUGCUUGAGAAGAUGCAUAUUUUUUUCCAACUUGUGAAAAAAAUCGAGGCAGAAAGCUUCUGUAUUCGAACCACAAAUCUGUUUUUAGGUUUCUCUUGAAUAAGAAAGGGAUUUAUUUUCCAAUAGAUGUUAAUAUCAGUCUGAAUGUUUUUUAUUUUUUUUAUUCUUUUUUUAUGAGUGGUUCUAUGUCAAACACCUGGCAACAAAAGUUAAUCUGAAAACUUAAAAUGGUCUCCUUACAAACACAAAGUUACUACACAGUAACAAAAAUCCUUUAAAAAAAGUAAUUUUGGAUUAAAUUCUUAUUUCAAUGAAAAUGUUCUAUUACUCUCAAACAGGAAUGUUCUUAGACUACGCGUUGAAUAAUGUAUUGUUCUUGAUUUUCUUUAGUAUUUUUCUUAAAAUGAAGUGAGCUUUCUCAAGGCAAAUUGUUUUUUUUUAUUCUUAAAAUUUUUAACAAGACUUUACAAUCAAAAUGCUGCACUGUACUUAUAUUUUUUAUUUUUCAAAAUGCAAAUAUCAAUAUGAUUUUAUAUGAGAGUAACAAUGACUGUUUGUUACAAAAACGGCGGAAGAAUUCUCUUAAGUAGACACUGAUUUUUCUUGUUCACAAAAGUGCAUUCAGAUUUUUACUUUCACUGUGAGAUGGCAGUUCAAUAAAUUCCCAACACAUUGCCUUUUCUUUAUUUUUUGUAGUGUUCAGUCUUUGUCUGCCAAAAGCUUGGCAUGUUCUUGUCCAACACUCAGAAUUUGAAUAUUCAUGCUCUUUGUUUAGUUUUUACGCACCCUUAUUGGACCAGUAGAGGUCAGCACUGCUCUUUAGUCUGUGCGGAUGACAUUAUAGGCCCUUUAGUCCCAUCCACUGCCAAAAAAUGCACCUGCUCAAAAGCACAAGGACAAUCGGCCUAUUCAGCUCGUCCCUUUAUCUUUCUAUUAUGAUUGGCUCUCUCCUGACAUCACAUCUCCAUUUUUAACACAUGU